GUGAUACAUCGGCUAUCUCGGAUUCCUCCGUAAGAUAGGCCUCGUGGCUAACGGUCGCCAUCUUGCCGUGUAUUACUACUUUACUACCCAAAAGGUUAUCAGUCUAAUGUUAAAAGGCUAUACCCGACGCGCAAAAUAUAGUUUCGAAAUAUAUGCAUAUUUAACAUAUAUCACAAGAAAAUACUACUAAUUAUAAAACGUUUUUGUGUAUAUCCCCUUUGAAAUUUUCAAAUAUGAAGGAGUACAUUUCGGGAUAAUUAGUUCACAUCGUAAUCACAUUGUACUGAAGUACAUGUAUUGUUUACAAAUGCUUGCACAAUGGCUGACUUUGAGAAGGAUUUGGAAUAUGCAGUGAAAGAACUCAAGAUAGAGUUCAGUUUCAGCGAUUAUCAACUUCGAGCAAUGAAGAGCCUGUAUGAAAACAAAGACACAAUUGCAGUUCUUCCAACCGGCUCAGGAAAAAGUCUAAUAUUUCAGACAUUACCAUGGCUCCUACAGGGAAAAAUGGCUGCAGACAGGCCUAUGAUCGUGUUGGUCAUUUCUCCAUUAAAUUCACUGAUGCAGGACCAAGUGAUCUCCUUGUGUGAGAGGGGCAUUUCAGCAUGCUACAUCAGCAUUGACGCCUCAACAGUUACUACUUGUGCAGAAGUAGAGGAAACUAAGUAUGAAUCUGAAGAAUGUUCAGACGAAGAAAUGGAUAAGAAACUCAAGACAAGUGCUGGUAUUGAGUCGAUUAAAAAUGGACAUUUCAACAUAAUCUAUCUGCACCCCGAAACAGUUUUUGUGAAAGAGAUUGGGAAACUGUUGAGAAGCUCUGUCUUUCGCGGUCGGGUGUGCUGCACAGUGAUUGAUGAAGUCCAUAUGGUUGCAGAAUGGGGCUCUGAUUUUCGCCAGUCUUUCAACAGACUAGGAGAAUUGACUUGUUUAUUCCCCAGAGUGCCUCACUUGGCAGUGACAGCUACAGCGACCCCUAGUGCACUUGAAGAACUGAUUGCUUUGUUACAGUUUAAGAACUGUACCAAAGUCCUAGCCAAUCCAGACCGCCCAAAUAUUUAUUUGGAAAAGAAGGAGAGACUUCCUAACAUUCAUAAGUUCGAAAAGUAUGAUUUGAUAAUGUCUGAAGUGCUUGCACAGUUGAAAGAUAAAUAUAUUGACUUUCCAGUAACCAUAAUGCACUGUGACAAUUUAGAGUCUUUAGGGUACUGUUUCCAGCUUCUCUGCCAUGAACUUGGUACACGUGCAUAUUUUCCUGAAUCAAGUACGCUACCAGAGGACAGAAUUGUUGCUCAAUUCCAUAAAGACUAUACUGAGCGAAUGAAAAUACACAUAAUUUCUGAGCUCCGAAAGCAGAAUCCCAAAGUUCGAUUGGUGCUUGCCACAGUUGCGUUAGGAAUGGGCCUCAAUGCCCCUUCCAUUGCCACUGUAAUUCAUAUGCGACCACCAACAACACUGGAAAAGUAUAUGCAGGAAAUAGGAAGAGCUGGACGCAAUGGUAAACCCGCAAAAGCUUUGUGCUAUUUCAAUACUAGUGACAUUGCGAAAAAUAGAAAAGGUCUUGACAAUGCAAUGCGUGCUUAUAUCCAGAACACUGAUAAAUGCUUACGAUUGCAUUUGGUCGGUCAUUUCGGUUAUAACAGUGUCUUAUUUUCAGGCGAAAAAGCAAUGUGUUGUAGUAAUUGCAAAGUUACUUCUGCUGACUAGUCUAUUUACCCUUUCCCACUCAGAAGCAAAGUGAAAAUGGCUAUGUGCAAACAGCAUAAAACCAGAACAGCCUGCAAGUAACUCGCAGUCUGUUCAAGUUUUAUGCUGUUUGCUACUCAUCAGUAUCUAAGGGUUGCAAAUGAACCCUUUUAAACUUUAAUCGAGUAAGAAAGGUCUUGAAUUAAAUGUAACUUUCAAAAGGACUACAAAUGCGUCAAAAUACAUAUCUAAGUGGUAAAGGGUUAAAAUGGACAUUUUUUGUAAAAUGCCAAAAAAUAUGUAUUCAGGGCAACAUGAACAAAAUUGCUUUAUUAAAUAUGAAUAUGCAUGGAUAUCAAAUAUGGUACAUUACAAUAUACUUGUUUUGAAAGACAUUAAUACCCUUGUAAUGUAUAACAGUAUCAUAUAUGUUAAAAUCUCAAUUGUUUACAUAAAAAUGAUAACAUUAGAUUUUAAACUGUAUAUUAUAACAUAUAUGCAACUUGUGCUUGACAUAUGUAUACUGAUGAAACUUGUUUGGUACUCCAACUGCACUUGUUUAUCUACAUCUGUACCACAAUUAACAGAUGUAGCCAAUAUGUGUUACCCUGACUUAGCAAAUGUUAGCGAGUAUUGACAAGAAUAAAAUGCGUACAUGCUUAACAAUAAUAUCUUUCUCACUAACAUGACCAAUACUCAGCCAUUGCUUUAUCAGCUAUUUUUAAGUGUAAAUAUUUUUAAAAUGUGUAAUGACUAGCAAUAUAAAAUGUCCAUUAACCCGUUCAUGCCUAGCGUCCUGAAAAAAGGACAUUGCAAACAGCGUAGACCCAGAUGAGA